CACACACACACAUACACAUGCUCAGACAAUCAGAGGGCGAUAGCUCAUGUCUGCUCUGAGCAAAUAGUGUUCGGCUCAAGGAUUUCAUAAUGAACUGUUACCAUAAACCUCAACAAGUUCCAACUCAUGUACCUCUGUGAAGUCUCUGAUCCCCGGAGCUCUCCCUCAGGUCCAGACUCAACCAGAUCCAGGGUUUUCUUCAUGAUUGUCUUCUCUGUGUGAUUGAAGAUCUCUUGCUCUGGGGAACCUGCAGUGGUUUGUGGAGCACAGAUAAGACCAGAUACCAGCAGACACUUAGGAGAGAAUAUAGAAGUCAUUAAGGUUUAUCUUGAACGAGGCGCACACGAGCAAAACAAGGAACAACAAAGUGUCACAAUGCUGACAGAUGAGGUUUCACACAUCCAGGAGGUGAGGUACUGCCUGAAGACUCUGAGGGAACAGAUGGCAGCCAGACAUAAUAAUAACAAGAGUCCAGUCAAUGGGAUUCGAGUUCACAUACUGAGCACCAAUUCCCCUGUCUCCAACACCAGUGUGGACACCAGUGUGGACUCCAGUGUGGGUGCGUCUGUCACUGAAAACCAGGAGCAGGAGUGUGUGAGGUUGGGAGAGAUGAUUAAACGUCUGAAUGCUCAGCUUCAGGAGGCAGAAAAGAGACACCAGGAGGACAGACAGGCAUUACAGGCAGACAACAGAGAGCUCCUGCAGCGCCUGGAGGAGCAAAACGAGCUACUGCAGCAGACUCAGAGGCAGUCAGAGGGGCAGAAACAUCGCACUGAGGAGCUGCAGACACUUCUAGAAAAUCUGAAGCAGGAGAAUUCCAGCCUUCCUGACAAAAUAGCUGAAGGUGAGGCUGAAAUUCAGGGACUCCAAACACUGAAGCAUGGGGAAGAUGUAAAAAGAUGUAAACAACUGGAAAAAGAACAAGCAGUUCUGAAGGAGAAAAUCCAUCACUUAGAUGACAUGUUAAAAAGCCAACAGAGGAAAAUGAGACACAUGAUUGAGCAGCUUCAGAACUCUCGGGUUAUGAUGGAGGAGAGAGAGCGUCUGAUUGGUGAUCUAGAGGAAAAAGUGUCUUUUCUGGAAGCAGAGAACAGAGAGAUGCGGGAAAAGAUGGAGUUCUGUGUGGGUGAUCAAGCUCACAGCUCUCAUCAGUUAGAACCUCAGAUUGUAUACAGUAAGACUUUGACACCAACAAGUCCAGGAAACAAGUCACUGCCUUUCAUCAAAGUGAUUGAGAUCAAGUCUUGAGCAGAUACAGAGAAGACCAUGUGAGGCAUGUGUAUUUUUCACGUGUAACAUGAGUUUUAGUAUGUGGCUGUACAGACAGAAAUCCACCUCAUUUGAAGAAGUUCUUAACAGCUGUAAAUAAUUGCUUCUUUAAUAACCAAGUACUGAUAAUAAUUAAUAGCUAAUUCUGUGUAACUUUGUUUUUGCACAAAUUAUAAUAGUUCAGAAUUAAAAUGUAUUUUUAUCUUUAUCUAGUUUUUGUCUAUGGUCAUCAACAUUAAAAACACCCUCAGAAGGCCCAGUUUUUGUUCAGAAUUGUGUGUGUGUGUGUGUGUGUGUGUGUGUGUGUGUGUGUGUGUGUGUGUGUGUGUGUGUGUGUGUGUGUGUGUCUGUGUUAGUGUGUGUGUGUGUGUGUGGUGUGUGUGUGUGUGGUGUGUGUGUGUCUGUGUGGUGUGUGUGUGUGUCUGUGUUAGUGUGUGUGUGUGUGUGUGGGUGUGGAUGUGUGUGUGUGCAGGCAAAAUAUAAUAAUCCUGGUAAGAUGAGUGCUAGACCCAGCUAUUCUGCCAGUUAUCAUUUUAAAUGUGAAAUAUUAACACCUCCUGCUGUUAACAUAACCUGUAUAGUUAAUAUUUUGAUAUAUAUUCCAUUGUAGUUCUGUAUUUAUAUCAUGAAUUUUGUGGGACCAAAUAAAGUUCAAAGAACAUUA